AUGGCACCACAAAAACAUAGAAAGAUUUGUGUUAUGGGAUCUAGGGCUGUUGGUAAAUCGACAAUUACUGUUCAAUUUGUUGAUAAUCAUGCACCAGAUGCUUAUCAUCCAACAAUCGAAAAUACGUAUCAAAAAUUAAUAAAGCAUCAGGGUCAAGAUUAUUCAAUCGAAAUUAUAGAUACUGCUGGUCAAGAUGAAUAUUCAAUUUUACAAAAACAAUACUCAAUUGGUAUUCAUGGUUAUAUUUUAGUUUAUAGUGUUACAUCAGCAUCAUCAUUAGAGGUAGUAAAAGUUUUAAAUGAUAAAAUUUUAAAUUCAUUAGGAAUGGAACAAAUUCCAAGAGUUUUAGUAGGUAAUAAAUCAGAUUUAACAGGGGAAAGGAAUAUAUCAAAAGAAGCUGGUCAAAGUUUGGCAAACGAAUGGGAAUGUGCCUUCAUUGAAUGCUCUGGUAAAAAUAAUAUAAAUGUAGAGGAAGUUUUCAAAUUAAUUUUAAAUGAAGUUAAUAAAGGUUUUCAACCACCUUCAAAUGAUCCACCACCAAAAGAAGGUUGUAUUUUAAUGUAA